AUGAACUUAACUCUAUUCUCUGGGAAGCCAUUACAGAGAGUGGAGGACAGGGAUGUUGUGCUCAUGGUAGCCUUUAAAGAUGUGGGGUCUCUGACUAGAUAUGAUGACACAGCUGUCAUCACUGAUUGGCAAAAGAAAUUGACUCUGGAACAGUUCUAUAUCACGAGAGAAAAAGGAACUGAACUGCCAUUUACUGGAAUCUAUCUGAAUAACAGAGAUCCAGGAAUGUACCAUUGUGUAUGCUGUAAUGCCCCAUUGUUCAGUUCAGAGAAGAAAUACAAUUCCAAAGGAUGGGCUUCAUUUUCGGAAGCUUUUGGUGCAUGUGGUACAGAUGAAAACAAUACUAAUAUCCUGAGGUGUCCAGAUACCUCAUUGGGAUCAACCAGCAUGGAAGUCAUUUGCAAACGGUGUGAUGCCCAUCUUGGUCAUGUGUUUGAUGAUGGUCCCAGAUCUUCUGGACAAAGGUUCUGUAUCAACAGUGUUUCGUUAAUCUUUAAACCAAGCUUAGACUAGUAGGAGAAGGAUCUUUAAGUACUAUUGUGAAAGCUACAAAUUUUAGUACCAAACAUAAAUUCACUACCAGAUCCUUUGUGCCACUGGAGUUUUGUUUUAUUGAUGUUGAAAAUGUUGGUAAAAAUAUAUUUAUUGUAAUUUCUAGCCUAAUAUUUGUGUUCAUUUGAAUCUGGUUUUACGAAUGUGUACAAUGUAUUAGUUUUGACUAAAUGUUUGUUUCUAUGAAAUAAUGCAAAAUGUUUAUGAAAUUGAACAUUGAUGUGUUCCUCUGUCUUGUAAGGGUUGAAAUAAAAACCUCAAUGAUUACAUUGUACUUAACAUACAUUUAUACAUUUAACUUUAAAAAGUAAAUCCAAGUAGUUGUGGCCUGUAGUUUUCAGUGUUAAAAUGUUUGCUUUUUUAAUGUUGAGCUCAUUUAAUACUGAUUAAAAAGCAAAUAAUGCACAUCUGCAAAUUAGCAUUUUUCCAGGUCUGAGAGACAUUUCAUUAAAGCAGCGACUUGUGACAGAGCAACUGACCCCAGAAAUUC